ACAUCAAUUGUCACGUUCUGCCAUCUGAUGAACAGCAACAGGUGCAGCCUGUUGUGACCAGGAAGCAAAGUGACAGACACCAAACCGGAGCUGAUGAUUACACAAAGGAUCUGCUGAUUCAAUGACGAUGAAUCGUGAGUCGGUUUAGACGAGGAGGGAAAUGAAAAAGACUCAAAGUCUCAUCGUACAGCUGCAUUAAACCAGCAAUCCUCGAGCGAGUCUACAGCCAGAAACGGAGAAGUUUGUGUCGGUGGUGGUGGUGUCAUCCCGGUCCAGGCCAGCGCUCUGCUGCUCGUCAGGCCUAAACAGACUCUGUGCCAGGGUCCUCUUAGUGAAACACAAGGCUGCUAACGAGGGAACACGCAUGUGUGAGAUGAACGGAGUCAAGAAACCUUUCACAGAAGUCAUCAGAGCUAACAUCGGCGAUGCCCACGCAAUGGGUCAGAAGCCGAUCACUUUUCUCAGACAGGUCUUGGCUCUGUGUUCUUACCCUGAACUCCUGGAAGACAACAAGUUUCCAGAGGACGCCAAGAUCAGGGCGCGGCGUAUUCUUGAAGUCUGCGGAGGCCACAGUAUAGGGGCCUACAGUGCUAGCCAGGGCAUUGAGUGCAUCCGUCAGGAUGUGGCGCGCUACAUAGAGAAGAGAGAUGGUGGGAUCCCCUCCAACCCCGACAACAUCUACCUCUCCACUGGGGCCAGUGAUGCCAUUGUGACUACGCUGAAGUUGCUGGUGUGUGGCGAGGGCCGUGACCGCACAGGAGUGAUGAUCUCCAUCCCGCAGUACCCUCUGUACUCAGCCGCCCUGGCCGACCUGGAUGCCGUGCAGAUCAACUACUACCUGGACGAGGAUAAGUGCUGGAGUCUGGAUGUUGCGGAGCUCAGGAGAGCCCUUAAAGCAGCCAGGCAGCACUGCAACCCCCGCGUCCUGUGCAUCAUCAACCCCGGAAACCCCACCGGUCAGGUCCAGAGCAGACAGUGCAUUGAAGAUGUGAUCCGAUUCGCUAAAGAGGAGCAUCUCUUCCUCAUGGCUGAUGAAGUGUACCAGGACAAUGUGUAUGCAGAGGGCUGCAAGUUUCACUCCUUUAAGAAGGUGUUGUUUGAGAUGGGCCCAGAGUACUCCAGUACGGUGGAGAUGGCCUCCUUCCACUCCACCUCCAAAUGCUACAUGGGAGAGUGUGGCUUCCGUGGAGGCUACAUGGAGGUGAUCAACAUGGACCCUGAGGUGAAGGCUCAACUCACCAAGCUGGUGUCGGUGCGUUUGUGCCCACCAGUCCCUGGACAGGCUCUCCUGGACCUGGUGGUUAACCCCCCACAGCCUGACGAGCCCUCCUACGCCACGUUUAUGAAGGAGCGGACGGCCGUGUUAGCAACGUUAGCAGAGAAAGCCAGGCUAACGGAGCAGAUCUUAAACACGGUGCCUGGGAUCACCUGCAACCCAGUGCAAGGCGCCAUGUACAGCUUCCCACGCAUCACUCUACCUCAGAAGGCCAUCGACAAGGCAAAGGAGGAAGGAAUCGCCCCGGACAUGUUCUACUGCAUGAGGCUGCUGGAGGAGGACGGUAUCUGCCUGGUGCCAGGAAGUGGCUUUGGCCAGAGAGAGGGAACCUUCCACUUCAGGAUGACCAUCUUGCCUCCCACUGAGAAGCUGAAGGUUGUGCUGCAGAGGAUCCGCGAGUUCCACUUACGGUUCACACAAGAGUUUUCCUAACGACUUUAUCCACCAACUUUCAACUACUACUCAAGAACCAACUCAUCCAGUGCCAGUAUCAUCAAGUGCCUUUGCGUGAAGGAGGCAGCAAUCUUAAAGGAGUAGUUCACCCAAAAAUGAAAAGUCAGUCGGUCAGUCACCACAGGAAAAUCAGGUGAAGUUUCUUUGUCCACAAAUAUUUCUGCAGCUGUGCAUUGUCUGAAACUACUGAGGCAGCUGGUGAUUUGUUUUGAAAUGUAAAGAAAAAAAAAUAUAACUUCAAGUUCUUAAACAAGUCCACAGCUUCCUCAGGCUAAGAAACUUCUCCUGACUUUCUGUCGGCAUCGGGGUGAGGAGGUAAUGACUGAGUUUUCAUUUUUGGGUGAACUAUCCUGUCACCUCAAGGCUGAAUUCUCAGUAGAUUUUCACACCUGAAGAACCUUGAACAUUUCCUUGUCCAUACAGCUGGUGACAGCUAGUUGGAGUUCCCACUCUCGUGUGUUCGUACAGCAUGUAAAGAUGUAAUGGUUUUAAUUACAUGACGCACUCUGCCAAAGUAUUACCCGGCCAGGUUUGUAACAUUCAAAAAGAUGUUACAGUGCUGAUUGUAUGUUCUUAUCUAUAGAGUUUAAGCUAUUUCAGAUGCUGCAUUCAGGGGCAUCGCUCUCCUGCCAAGACAUGUGCUGUCAGAUUAGUUGGAGUUAUCAAGUUAAUAGCAUGUUAGCUGCUUAAUGAUUAACCUAACUGGUUGUAGAGCCAUUUGUUUUACUAAUGUUUAAAUUGUUCUUAUGUGUAAUUAAAAACACCCGAAUCUCUAAAA